AUGGAUAUUCUCCUUUUGUAUGUUGAUGAUAUGGUUAUCACAGUUGACGAUUUAGAAGGAAUUACUGCUCUUAAACUUCAUCUCAGUUCGUGUUUUGAAAUGAAAGACUUAGGUCUUUUAAGGUAUUUUCUUGGUAUAGAGGUUGAGAAAUCAUCUGAUGGUUAUUUCAUCUCACAAGUGAAGUAUGCCUCCGACAUUCUUCAGCGUGAUGGGUUAACAGAUAGUAAAACUGCAGAUACACCUCUUGAACUAAAUGUGAAGCUCAAUCCCUUUGAAGGAAAAGCUUUAGCCAAUCAUACAUUAUAUCGUCAGCUUGUGGGAAGUCUUAAUUAUCUAACCAUCACAAGACCAAAUAUCAGUCAUGCAGUUCAUGUAGUUAGUCAGUUUAUGUCAGCUCCAAGGUCCACACAUUAUGCUGUAGUACUUCGGAUAUUACGUUAUAUCAAAGGCACCUUGUAUCAAGGUAUAAAGUUCUCAUCUACUUCUGAUCUUUGUCUUCAUGCAUAUUCAGAUUCAGAUUGGGCUGGUGACAUCACAUAUAGACGCUCAACCACAGGAUACUGUGUAUUUCUAGGCAACUCUUUGAUCUCUUGGCGCAGUAAUAAACAAAGUAUAGUUUCUCGGUCUAGUGCAGAGGCUGAGUAUCGAGCUCUUGCUCAUACAACUUCUGAAAUUGUUUGGUUAAGAUGGCUUCUUGAAGAUAUGGGAGUUCACUUAUCAGAACCUACUCCAUUGUGUUGUGACAAUAAGGCCGCUAUUCGCAUUGCUCAUAAUGACGUGUUUCAUGAACGUAGGAAGCAUAUUGAGAUAGAUUGUCACUUUGUAAGACAUCACUUCAAGCAACAAACUAUUGUCUUACCAUUUGUUCGCUCGAAAUUGCAACUCGCUGAUUUAUUCACCAAAACAUUGACCUCAGCUCGUCUAAGGUUCUUAAUUUCCAAACUCAACAUGUGUGUUGCACUAUCUUGA